AUGGCUGAGUCGCGAAAGAAGAAGUGUAGGUUAUGUGGUUUGGCAGAUGGGCAUACACUCAUCAAUUGCCCAAACAGAUGCGGCUUUUGCGGCGACUCUAUUACGCGAUGCCAAUGUCAAGAUUCUAGUCUAGUACGUGGAGUCAUGGACAGUGAAACUCCCAAGAAGAAGAGUGUGGACAAGACGCCGCGUACAAGUAAACGAAAUGCGGAAUCCGGUGAUCUGGACGAAUGGUAAGGCAUAAUGUUUAUUCGCUAAUUCAAGGUGAAACAAUCAAAACAAAUAUUUUGAAGCAAGCCACCUUCUGAUGAUGAUGAUUUAACGUCAAGUUUAUUUUAGAUUAUAACAGACUAAAGAAUAUAUACAUCGAAAAUAGAUCACAAACAAACAAACAAACAUGAAACAAAACUAAUCAGUUGCAUGGGAUAUCCGUUCAAACCGGCAUUUGUGAGUUAACUAGUUUGUUUCAUUUGUUUACAGUGUAGAGGAAACCAGUAAAGCCGCCCGCGGGAAGGGAGAGAAGACAAGUUCGACCAAAAAGUUUAAAGACAUGAAAAGUGACCUCGAAGCUGCCCGAGAACGGAUUCGGCGAUCCGACGAACUAUACAACAAGAUGGAGGCCGAGUAUCAAGCUACCAUAGCGGCAAUGCAAAAACGCAUUGAGGAGCUAGAAGGUACGAAAAAAAAAUUAUCACAAAUGUAUGUUUCCAUCGUUUUUUGCCAAUUUUGUGGACUCAAACGGGAAUCACCGCGAUUGUAGGAGAGAGAAACGCACAGAAAUUACCUAUGUUCUUCAGGCUAAUCUUAAUGAAAUUUUUUCUCAUGUCGAGGACAUUGAGUCGACAUUGAGUGAAGAAUGACGUGCAUUAAUAAUUCGCCCACUUAUUUGCAUCUCAUUGAAAAAGAAUGGCGAACAUUGAUAGGUACCUCAAUCUUUAAAACACACACGGACAAAUAUAAAUGACCAAGUAUUCGAGAAUUUUAUCUUACCCUGCUACACGUGUUAAUUAAUUUAAAACCACACCCACUCAACCUUUAUACCUGCACUGUAUAAUGAACAACAUAGGGAGCUCCCGAAGAUUUUAACACAAUUUCCGAUUGCUACAAUUUUUUUCGGAGGAUCGUUUCCAAUCGUGUAGUAACUAUUUACAAUCGAUAUUUUGGAAAUGAUAAGGGUUAGGGAUUAUUUGAGGCGUGGCGUUGUAUAAAUCUAUUGUUGUAUGAAGCUUAAGUCAGUCCAGGGAUACGAUUGCAGUUAAAUUAGUAUAUGUUUUGGCUUUGUAGGGGCGACUUUUCAAGACGGAGACGUUGAGGACGAAUUGUGCGAAACCGAAGAGGAGGAGCCAAAGCCAAUGGAGCCAAAAAAAGACAAGUGCUCAAAAAAUUCCCGAGGUUUGUUAGAAAUUUGACUGAACACAUUGCAUCCUUAACUAUACUAUCGUAGAUCGUCAAAGAUAACAAAAAAUCUAGCAGAAAAGUGACGUAGGCGAUGGGGACGAUAAAGUUAAUACGUCUCUUGCAAAUUUUCUGAAAAUUCUCCACGAACUAUUGCCGGACGACUUUUCUGAACUGCCCAAAUAAAAAAAUACGAGAAACUGUUUGUGAAAUGUGAUAAGGUUCAGUAACACUUUGGACUUUCUGACUUACUAUCGCGCUAUACCGCCGGAUUGUAAAAGAGUAAGUAUACGACCACGGCUGCUAAUUCUAGAAGAAAAUGUACAUGAUAAUUUGACAAAUAUCUGCCAAACUUAUCCUUUCGAAUAGGUAAAGUUUCAAUAUUUCAUAAAUUGGGGAAACGAAUGGUAAUAAAUUCUGAAUAAGGAAUUUUUCUUUCUAAUAUUCUAGGAACGGUCCAAGGAUCCAAUUUACAAGGAAUUCAUGACAGGUAUUUAGGCGUUCUCGCAACAAUGAAAGAGAACCAGUGCUCCCUUGCAGAGGCCAUGCGACUUUCUGGUGUCCCACGGAACACCCUCAGGGACUUUAUAGGCAUCUGCGAACUCAGAAUCAUCGACAAAGAAAAGUACGAGAGAGUGGUCCAAUUGGUUAAGGAAAAGACGGGUAAGGUGUCGAUGAAAUUAAUUGAAUCGAAAUGUAGGGAAGCGCUCAGUGAUUAUCGCGCCCAAUCAAGUAGGUUAAAAACCGAGCAAAAGCUUCUCCCGUUUUACCCAAAGGAUGAUUUUUAUAUGGGAAAAUAA